GCGAUGGAGAAAUCCCGACCCUUAUGGGACAAUCCCCUUCAGUUUGUUUUUGCCUGCAUUUCCUAUGCUGUGGGGCUGGGAAAUGUGUGGAGGUUUCCAUACUUAUGUCAGAUGUACGGAGGAGGUGGCUUUUUAAUCCCAUACCUUAUCAUGUUGAUUGCUGAGGGGAUGCCGCUGCUGUACUUGGAGCUGGCUGUGGGGCAGCGUAUGCGGCAGGGCAGCAUUGGCGCCUGGAAAAUAAUAAGUCCCUACCUCUGUGGUGUUGGAGUUGCCAGUGUUGUCGUUUCCUUCUUCCUCUCCAUGUACUACAACGUGAUAAAUGCCUGGGCCUUCUGGUACCUCUUCCAUUCCUUCCAGAACCCCCUGCCAUGGGCCACCUGCCCCCUCAACAGCAGCCGCACAGGCUACGAGGAGGAGUGUGAGAAGGCAUCGUCCACGCAGUACUUCUGGUACCGGCAGACCCUGAACAUCUCCCCGUCGCUGGAGGCCAGCGGGAGCGUGCAGUGGGAGCAGGCGCUGUGCCUGACGCUGGCCUGGCUCGUGGUUUACCUCUGCAUCCUCCGCGGCACUGCCUCCACCGGCAAGGUCGUCUAUGUGACAGCCUCUUUGCCAUACUGUGUUCUCAUCAUAUACCUCAUCAGAGGAUUAACACUUCAUGGAGCUGUGAAUGGGCUUGUCUACAUGUUCACACCAAAGCUGGAGCAGCUGUCAAACCCCAAGACCUGGAUCAGUGCUGCAACGCAGAUCUUCUUCUCGCUGGGCCUUGGCUUUGGCAGCCUCAUCGCCUUUGCCAGCUACAAUGAGCCCAGCAACAACUGCCAGAGACACGCCAUCAUCGUGUCCCUCAUCAACAGCACCACCUCCAUAUUUGCCAGCAUUGUCACUUUCUCCAUCUAUGGCUUCAAGGCCACCUUUAACUAUGAGAGCUGUAUCAACAAAGUGAUCCUGCUGCUGCUGAAUGCUUUUGACCUGGAGGAAGGCUCUUUAACAGCAGACAACCUCAGUGAGAUGAAAGAUUACCUCAUGGCCACCUAUCCGCAGGAAUAUGCCCAGUUAGUGCCACAGAUUAAAAACUGCAGCUUGGAAGCUGAGCUAGACACGGCUGUCCAGGGGACAGGACUGGCAUUUAUAGUCUAUUCGGAAGCAAUCAAAAACAUGGAGGUGCCCCAGCUGUACUCUGUGCUCUACUUCUUUAUGCUGCUGAUGCUGGGCAUUGGCAGCAUGCUGGGGAACACAGCAGCCAUCCUUACACCACUGACUGACAGCAGGGCGAUUGCCUCCCGCUUUCCCAAGGAGGUGAUCUCAGGUGUUGUGUGUUUCGUGAACUGUAUAAUUGGCCUGAUCUUCACCAUGGAGGCUGGAAAUUACUGGUUUGACAUUUUUAAUGAUUAUGCAGCCACCCUCUCACUGCUGCUCAUCGUGCUGGUGGAAACCAUUGCUGUCUGUUACAUCUAUGGGAUAAGGAGAUUUGAGAAAGAUCUUUACACCAUGAUUGGACACAAGCCAAACUGGUAUUGGAAAAUUAUGUGGGCUUUUGUUAGUCCACUGCUAAUUAUAAGCCUAUUUAUCUUUUACCUCACCGACUAUAUCCUCACAGGAACGUUGCAAUAUCAAGCAUGGGAUGCCACACAGGGGCAGCUGGUGACAAAGGAUUACCCAGGUUAUGCCCUGGCCAUGAUCGGGCUGCUGGUGGCAGCAUCCACCAUCUGCAUACCCCUGGGAGCACUAGUGACUUUCAUAAGGAAGAGACUGAAGAGGGAACAAAUUUCAACUGUUGCCUGA